AUGUCCAGGAACAACAUCAAACAAGUGUGGGCUCUUCUCCUGGUGUUGGUGUGUGUGGAGCUGUGUGGCAGUGGCAGGGCGAGCGCGGCGCCUAUCUGUGUCCACGGCCAGGCGGGGUGCCACUUCCUCUCCCUGGCAGACCUCUUUGACCGGGUCAUCCAGCACAGUGCCAGGAUGCACAGCAUCUCCAGUGACCUGCACUCUGAAUUCGAGCAAUAUGUUCUGCCAAGCAGAAAUCAUAUUGGCAGGAUAAACCGUCACUGCCAUACAGCCACCAUACUAACCCCUAAUGGCAAAGAGAACGCGCAGAGACUGGCUAGAGAGGAGUUAACCGAGGUGAUUCUGAAGCUGUUGGUAGCAUGGAAGGAUCCUCUGUGGCAGUUCCACCAGAACAUGGUUCACCAGGAUGACUUCAACAACUUCAGCUCCAACAAAGCACUGGAGAUGAGCUACAUGGUGCACGAGCUCCGCAAGGGAGUCGAGAAGGUGGCUGAUAGGAUGCAGAACCUGGGGAUGAUCAGUAACUCCCUGAGUGGCCUGUCCUCCCCUGAGGCCUUGGACCCCUCGUCAGACACCAGCGGAGAGUCCCAGGCCAUGAGCGACCACGACCUCCUCUACUGCUUUAGACGGGACUCCAACAAGGUCCAGAACUACCUGAAGAUCCUCAAGUGCAGGAUCGUACCUGAGAACGGAUGCUGA